CGGGCGCUGUCCCGCCAUGGCCCGGCCCUGUCCUGCCAUGGCCCGUUCCGCCAUGGCCGCGCUGCUCCCCCGCCUUGUGCUCUGCCCGCUGCGCUCCCGCAUCCUCCGCAGCCACCCCUCUGCCCGCUGCUUCCAGGUGAGCGCCGCCAAGAAGGCGAAGGAAGCCGGCGAUGAGGCGAGCCAGGCGCUGAGCGCGGAGCAGCAGGACCGCAUCCGCAAGAACAAGGAGGCGGCGCGGCAGCUGCUGGCGCAGCGGAACGUACCCCCGGGCUUCGGCGAGAGCUGGCGGCGGCAGCUGGCCGGGGAGUUCUCCAAGCCUUACUUUGUGGAGCUGAUGGCGUUCGUGGCCGAGGAGAGGAAGCGCUACACGGUGUAUCCGCCUCCCGAGCAGGUCUUCACCUGGACGCAGAUGUGCGACAUCUGGGAUGUAAAGGCUGUCAUUUUGGGACAAGAUCCAUACCAUGGACCUAAGCAAGCUCAUGGGCUCUGUUUCAGUGUCCAGAAGCCUGUUCCACCUCCCCCCAGCUUGGAAAAUAUUUACAAGGAGCUCUCUGAGGACAUUGAGGGCUUCACCCACCCUGGCCAUGGGGACCUGACAGGCUGGGCCAAGCAAGGAGUGCUCCUGCUCAACGCGGUGCUCACGGUUCGGGCUCACCAGGCCACGUCCCACAGGGAGAGGGGCUGGGAGAAGUUCACGGAUGUCGUGGUGUCCUGGCUCAACAAGAACCUGCACGGGGUUGUUUUCAUGCUCUGGGGAGCCUAUGCCCAGAGGAAAGGCAGUUCCAUCGACAGGAAGCGUCACCACGUCCUGCAGACGGUUCAUCCCUCACCCCUCUCUGUCAACAGAGGGUUUUUCGGCUGCCGGCACUUCUCUAAGACUAAUGAAUUCCUCAAGAAAUCUGGGAAGAAGCCCAUCGACUGGAAAGCACUCUGAGCUGGGGCUGAGGCUUGGGAGCAGCCCCUGGCUCAGGGGGUUGGGGCAUUUCUGAGAAACUCCUGCUGACCUGAGAAUUGUUCUUUGGGUGUUUGAUCAGCGAACAAGUGACCAAACUUUCAGAGAUGGUUAUAUUUUUGUUUUAAAUGCUUAUUUUUCAAGAGCAUGUUGGAGUGUUUGAUGGACAGCUCUGCUUUUUGCCUGGUUUAAGCAAAAAGAAAGAGCCCAAACACCAGAGUUCUGUAUUAAUUUGUGGUCACUGUGGCCAUGGGAGUUCUAUUUUCAGACUCUGGUGAAGGGAUGGCAGUUCUUACUGCCAAAAGCUGCCCAGCUUUUGUACAUGCCCUGCUGCCUCCUUUCCACACAAAUCCAGUUUUCCUAUUUAAAUGGAGCUGACUCCAUGGGAGGAAAAGGCUUUUGGUUUUAGCUUUUUGCUACAGAUUGAUUACAAAAAUGGCUCCUUCAGGCUGUAAAGAAAAUACAUGGCCAGGAGUGUUGCUUGGUAUAUUCAUGAUCUCAAGAUUUUGGGAUAAAUCCUCCCAACAGCCACAAGGGAGGCUGUGACCAAGACCCUUGGUAAUGCUUUUGAAUUUUUUGCUGGCCUUUAGACAGGAAAA